AUGACACAUCUGCUUACCGCCAAGACCCGAGUCGCACCUGUUAAAACGGUGUCCCUUCCACGGCUCGAGCUAUGUGGGGCCUUGUUGUUGUCAGAAAUGAUCGCAGCUAUCCUUCCGAAUAUGCCAAUUUCCAAUUCCGACAUUUUCUGCUGGACUGAUUCCACCAUCGUCCUCGCAUGGUUGAACAAACCGGCAUGCCAAUGGGCCACGUUUGUAGCCAACCGAGUGACCAAGAUUACUCAGGUGACGAGCGCUGAGCAUUGGGCGCAUGUCCGAUCUGAGCACAAUUCCGCGGACCUAGCCAGCCGAGGAGUUUCGCUGCAGGAUCUGGUUCAUAGCCAACUCUGGUGGAAAGGACCGGACUGGUUACAACAGCCAAAAGGCCAGUGGCCAACACAGGGGCUUGCGACUCCAGUUACAGACUUAGAGCAGCGUGCUGUGAAGGUCAAUUUCGCAAAGGCCCUAUCCGACGAUUUUCUGGAACGAUUCUCCAAAUUGGACAAGGCUCUGCGGGUCCUUGCGUACGUGUUACGGUUCACUCAACGCUGCCGCAAGAUGCCGAGGGGCCCAGCUGACCGGCCUACAAAGGAGGAGGUCCGAGAAGCUGAAAGAUCCCUUAUUCUAUAUGCUCAACGUGAGGAAUAUACCCAAGAGCUUAAAUUCCUAAACGAUAAGUGUCCAAUUCCAGUGUCCAGCCCGAUAGCCAACCUGUUUCCAUUCCUAGACCAGCACGGCCUGUUAAGAGCAUGUGGUCGCAUUACUGCCUCAACAGCACUUCAGUAUGACGAGCGCCAUCCUAUUAUACUGCCAUAUAACUGUAGGCUUUCUCGUCUGCUCGUCCUUUUUUCACACCAGAUUUCCCUGCAUGGCGGCAACCAACUAGUGGUACGCCUCAUUCGAUCGAAGUAUUGGAUUCCUAAACUCAAGAAUCUGGUAAAAGCUGUGCUAAACUCCUGUAAGGUGUGUACUAUUUACAAGAAGAAAUUACAGACGCAAUUAAUGGGCGAUCUUCCGACCGAUCGAGUUUCCUUUUCCAGGCCUUUUACAUAUACUGGCAUUGAUUAUGCAGGCCCAUUUGAAAUAAAAAACUAUACUAUUACCAAGGGAUAUGUUUGCGUGUUUGUAUGUUUCUCCACAAAGGCGAUCCAUUUAGAGCCUACUUCCGACCUCACAACCGAGAAGUUCCUCGCAGCCUUUGCCCGAUUCGUAGCGAGGAGGGGUUGUCCUCAGCGGGUUCAUUCGGAUAAUGGCAAAACCUUUGUGGGGGCAGCGACUCUACUUUCGCGUGAUUUUAUGCAAGCGAUCAAGGAGUCUGUGACUGAUGCCUAUAGCCAUCAGGGACUUUUGUGGCGUUUCAUUCCACCAGGAGCUCCACAUAUGGGAGGACUAUGGGAGGCUGGAGUGAAAAGCUUUAAAACACUUUUCUACAAGUCGUCGUCAAGUCGGAAGUAUACGUUUGAAGAGCUCUCUACCCUUCUUGCCAAAGUUGAAGCGUGCCUUAAUUCCAGGCCACUGUCUCCCAUGUCCGAAAAUCCUUCUGAUUUGUUGGCGUUAACGCCAGGCCACUUUCUGAUUGGGGGUCCGUUGCUUUCCACAGCUGAACCCGAAAUAAAGGGCGAUGCUAAGUCGAUUAUAAAUCGCUGGCAACAUUUAAAGGCCCUGCAUCAGCAGUUCAGUGCGCGAUGGAAAGAGGAAUAUUUAAAGGAACUGCACAAGCGCAAUAAGUGGCAGAAUCCGUCCAAAGAUAUACAAGUCGAUGAUAUGGUGGUCGUCAAAGAAGACAAUAUGCCAUCAAACGACUGGCGGCUCGGCAGAGUUGUAUCUGUCUUUCCAGGGGCCGAUAGUAGAGUUCGCGUAGUAGAAAUCCGUACCGCUCGAGGAAUUAUUAAACGUCCCGUCCAUAAGCUAGUACUUCUUCCUAUGGAGGCCAAGGCAGCCUUAGUACUUCCAAAAUAGAGCCUUCUGUCCUCAUGCUCCAAUAUUCGUUCACGAUUGACACUAAAUGUACUUAUCAUUUAUUUUUUUUUAUAUAUUAAAGCAUUAAAACCAUGGCUCCACGACCUCGCAGCGCCCAAACUCUGGACGACAGACGUUCCCGAGGUACUCGAUCCUACCGCUGCCGAGUCUGUCGGGGAAUCCAUCCGCUACGAAAAUGCAACAGGUCUUCCAGUUCGCGACGCCAGUCAAUUUCUCCAGUGCGACCUUCGGUAACUGCAUCACGACCAUCAGCUUCCGGCUCACGCUCUCGGGGUCCAACACCCAGCUCGCGGAAUCGUUCCCGGCAUUCCGACCAGGCCGAAGCGCCAACUGCAGCUCCAUCUGUGGCGUCUCUGUUGCAGCAUCGGAGUGUGCAAAUCAUCCCGACGGCCAUCGUGGUUCUCGACACAGGAACCAAUAAAUACGAGACGGGUGCCCUGAUCGACCCGUGCUCCCCGGUGAGCACCAUUGAUAGAUCGCUCGCUGCGGCGUUCCGGGUCCCCACGACAAGCGUCGGAGACGAGACGGUCUGUUCGGCGACGAUAAGGUCGCACUCCAAUCCGUGCACUAGCCGACGAUGUUCGCGCUAGGUUUAAUGAUAUCUGUCUUGCUGAUGAACAGUUUCAUCGCCCGGCGACGAUAUCCCUGGUGUUGGGCUCUGACGUCUAUCGUGAUGUCAUCCAACCCGGGUUCCUAAAUCUGGAUGAGGGGCUGCCUGUCGCACAAAGCACUGUGUUCGGCUGGAUUGUCUCGGGAUCCUGUAGACAAUCUUAAGGCGCCAGACGUGUGGAAAACUUGGUUGCUACGUUUGCCGUCGCAAGGGGGGGAGAAUGUCCGAUGAACUCUCAUCUCGCUCUCGGUCUGUUAACAGUCUCCACCCCCGCUCUCCUAGCAUUAGAUUUAAGUAGAGUUAAGGAGUUCUAAGUUCGAAGCCACAAAGUGAAGUUGUGCAAGUUAAGUGAAAUAAGUCAUAUGAAAUAAAAAUCAUAUUUAC